AUGGACUCCAGCCGAAAACGCAGGGCCGUGGAUGAGACUCCCACGACGGGGUCCGCGACGAAGAAGCUCAAGUUGCUGGUGAGUCGCAUGCACAUUGCAAUAAUUUGCGCCCGGUCGCAUGCCCAAUGGCCGAAUGACGGAUGCGCGAGCGCGCCCCCGGUCGCAUUCUCGGUGUUGUGGUGGGAGUGGUGGAUGUUCAGAAGAGUUGGUGAACAGAAGAUGAAGAGGGAGCUACGCGCGACGGAGCAUGGCCGGCAUCUACACAACCCACCCUCCUCAAGCACCUCCGUCAUUCGCCGCCAAGUCGAGAUCACCACCGCGAGCGCAACAUGCAAGCUCGCAUCCAGAACAUUCUCGCUGACCUUGUGCCUCCCUCUCCAGAACUCGAACCCAGCACCAGUACCGCAGCAACCAUCCGCAGAAACCGUUCAGAAGGUCGGCUUGAAGCUGAUCGGACAAAUCAACAAUGCCACAGACAAGACGUACGCUAUCGCUCGCCUGCCCGACAGUCACUCACGAACUAACCAGCAACACAGUGGUCGAACCAUCUCAGAUGCCUUCAUCGACCUUCCCGAUCGAGUGGACUUUCACGACUACUACGUUCAGACGAAGAUGCCUAUAUCAGUCAGCAUGGUGGAAGACAAGAUACGGCGCAACGGAUAUGCGACCAUCACCGAGAUUGAGAGCGACCUCAAACGAAUGGUUCAAAACGCAAAGGAAUACAACAUGCCGAAAAGCGACAUCUACGAAGACGCGGAACGGAUACGAAAGCUGGUCUACAAUUACAUGAAGAUCCACAACCCGGCUUACACACUGGAUCCAAACUACCAAUCGUUCUGCACCCCGAUACCUGAGACGAAGAUCACUUUGACGAAUGGUGGAGCGCACAGUGCAGGGAACGUCAAGGCAGAGCCCGGAAGUCGAGGCGGCAGCAGCAAGCCAAGAGCAUCACUCGGGCCUAAAGCGUCCGAGCCGCCGUCGGAAAGGAAGUCUUCAGCAGCGCCGAGUGCAUCCGCGGCAGAGGGCGAGGACCAGGUCGAUGCGGAUGUUGAUGAUACAGGCAAUCGCGACUUCACCGGCAAGACAUUUCAAGAGGCCCAGCAAAUGAUUGUUGCGGAGCUCAUCAGUCACGCUGAGGAUGGUGUCGAGAUCUUCACACCUUUCGUGACCUUGCCGUCGCGCAAGCUGGAAGACUAUUACAAGACCAUACGGCAUCCAGUAUCGUUGAAGAGUGUGCAGAAACGCACUCGCGGUAUACAUGGUCGCGCACCGCCCACUGGGCGCACGGACUUCAAAACAUGGGACGCAUUCGAGGAAGAGAUCAGCUUCAUCUGGCGGAACGCCAGAGAGUACAACCUAGAUGGAAGCGAGAUGUACGAAUUGGCGGGCGAAUUCGAGGGAUACUUCAAAGCACAGCUUGCAGAGGCCAAGUCGAAGGUCGAGGAGCCUGCUGCGCGCAUCACGCUCGCAGCUCCGAAGAAGUCCGGCAUCACCCUUAACCUCGGUCAGCACCGCAGCUCACCAACACCUGGAGUCAGUGUGGAUAAUGAGGCAUUGGCACGUCAGCGUCAAAUGGUGCAGGCUGGAGUGAAUGGUCAGCAGACUCAAGCCAAGCCCACGCCGCCUGUCAACGGAGCUACCAGACCACCAUCACAAGGCAUGCAGGACGCAAGACCAUCGAGCAGUGCACAGGCUUUACCGCCUGCAUCUGCGCCCGUCAAGAACGAGAGAGUGUCGACAAUGUCUCCCGCGGCAACAAUGGCACCCGCAGUUCAAGCGAUCCCGAAUGGCCAUACCAAUGGCAUGAUGCCGCCUCCACUACAACGGCAUAUGAGUGGAAGUCCGUAUCCAGCCCAACCUACCAUGGCGCCACCAGUCACAAGCUUCCACUUCACCGCACCCUCCGCCCUUCCACCGACCCCAAUCCGCGAAUACCCAAUCUCGCAGAGCCUCCUGCCGGUGGUGACACUCUCUACACAUCCGCAGUUGCGGCUACAGAAGCCAUACAGCCUGGCAGUCCCACCACAUGCAUCGCUUUCGCAGCAAAGCAGAACCAUCACACUGCCAUCAACGCACUACUACGUGCAAAUCGCGCCCACCAUAUCCCGAGAGCUCUCCAUGGGUCGCGCUUACAAGAUGUUCGUCACCGUCAAUGGCACUCGCUUGACUCAACGCGACACGCAGUUUCACGCAGAUUCUGGCAAGCGGACGCACAUGUACGAGGGGAGCCUGGCAUCCGGCGUGAAUCGGAUCGAGGUGGAGGUUGCUGCCGCGAAGGUUGAUGGGGAUGGCAAAGGACUUGACGUGGAGAAGGUCACGAUUUUUGCCAACUUGACGAGAUAA